AUGCAUUGGCAUGAUUCAUCAGCUUUAUAUAACCAUGCCCAUGUUGGCAUGUAACCUGCCUGUUUCGCCUACAGGAGUACAAGAUACAGAUUUUUCAGUCCUGUCUCAAACGAUGGCUCAGUGUUGUAAGAACAUUAAAGAAACUGUACAGAUGCUGGCCUCACGACACAAGGACAUCCAUGGCAGUGUGUCUAAAGUGGGCAAAGCCAUAGACAGGAAUUUCGACGCGGAGGUGAGCGCUGUGGUGGCGGAGACGGUGUGGGACUCGUCAGAGAGACAGAAGUACCUGAGCGAGACCAUCGUAGAGCACCUCUACAGACAAGGCAUGCUCAGCGUGGCAGAGGACCUCUGCCAGGAGUCUGGCGUGGUCAUCGACAUGAGCAUGAAGCAGCCCUUUCUGGAGCUCAACCGCAUCCUGGAGGGGCUGAGGAUGCAGGACCUCCGACCAGCGCUGGAGUGGGCGGUGACGAACAGGCAGCGUCUGCUCGACCUGAACAGCACGCUGGAGUUCAAGCUGCACCGCCUCUACUUCAUCAGCCUGCUCAACGGGGGCAUCGGCAACCAGCUGGAGGCCCUGCAGUACGCCCGCCACUUCCAGCCCUUCGCCUCGCAGCACCAGAGAGACAUCCAGAUCCUAAUGGGCAGCCUGGUGUACCUGCGUCACGGCAUCGAGAACUCCCCCUACCGCACGCUGCUGGAGACCAACCAGUGGGCCGAGAUCUGCAACAUCUUCACCAGGGACGCCUGUGCUCUGCUGGGCCUCUCUGUAGAGUCCCCCCUCAGUGUCAGCUUUGCGUCGGGCUGUAUGGCGCUGCCCGUGCUGAUGAACAUCAAGCAGGUCAUAGAGCAGAGGCAGUGCAGCGGAGUCUGGACACACAAGGAUGAGCUGCCUAUCGAGAUCGACCUGGGGAAGAAGUGCUGGUACCACUCUGUGUUCGCCUGCCCCAUCCUCCGGCAGCAGACCUCCGAGAGCAACCCGCCUAUGAAGCUCAUCUGUGGGCAUGUCAUCUCCAGAGACGCCCUCAACAAACUCACCAACUCCGGAAAGCUCAAAUGCCCCUACUGCCCCAUGGAACAGAACCCAUCAGAUGCCAAGCAGAUCUUCUUUUGAUACCGUUUCCCUUACCGCGCUCCAGAGAAUGGCUGAACCUCCUCCCCGUUCCCCUCCCUUCCUCCGUACCCCCCCGACUCCCUGCAGUCGGCCCAAGACGCGCCCGGAAUCCAUCAGCCGCCCCUUCUGUAUAGAGACCUGUGUGGAUGAUCCCAGUCUGGGCAGCACAGAGACAAGGGGGUCAGUCAGUAUCAAAGAACGCCACAAGGAACACGACUCCGAAAAAGGAUCACUCAUUGACACUCAUUUUUGCAACUGCCUGCUUUACCAUUUUCAUUAGUUUUAUUGAGUUAUGGAUGACUGCUAGUUUCUUUCCUAUCCUCCCCCAUCGGUAGGUGUUUGGACAGAGAAUGGGCUGAACGAUUAUGUAUGGGUGACUGGGUUUAAUAGCGGCUUGUUUCACGAUAGUAUUUAAACUUCUAUUAUACAGAGACAGUUCAAAGAGACCUUUUUGAGAAAGUAUAUUCACAUAUAAAUUGUAUCGAUGGCUUAUUUGGUGGUGGAGGUUAAUCGUAGUAGCAGUCUGUCGUGAAUGAAAGACGUGGUUAAGACAUGUGACGCCUCCCUCAGAUGUAAUAAAGGCCAAGACUGAUUGAACGUCCCUGUGGGUGAAAUUCAUCAGUGCGUGUGCUAGGCGGAUCCUCCGUUUCUUUUGAGGUCAAGGGUGAAAAGACUGCUCCUGCUCCACGAAGGCCCCUCAUUAUGGAAGCCAUGUUUAUUGUUCUAUGUAUGUAUUUAAAAAAAAAAAAUAUAACAAAAAAGGAAAAUUAUACUACUGUGAAAUGUGCAUUGUUUCAAUUUUCCAUCACUCAUGUAAGAUAGUAAAACCAUACUUAGUGGCAAACGCAGCACCGAUACUACAUGGUUGUGAAGUUGUCUGAGGACUGAGCUGGAUGUUGGGUAGGGUGUCCUCAGCCCAUGAGCUCUUUAUCUCCUGGUUCCCUGCGCUGAUUUGGCCGACUGCUAGAGCGAAAAAUAGCGAGCUCUCAAGCUAACGCUAGCCUAAAGUGACUCCUCUGCUGGCUGUACCACACCCAGAUGUAUAGUUCCUGAUAUCUCGUUGUUGUGGUCCUAGCCAUGAAAUAGUUAUGUCACCUCACGUCUGUGAGGCUUUGUUGUUGAGCGAGCUCAGCGCCAGCCUAGCAACCAUGACAUCACUCUGGUCUCACAACACUCACUAGCGGAUUAUUUACAUUUUUUAUGUUUGUGUCAGCUCACAUGAAUCAAGUUUGGGUUUACAUUUAAUUCAUGGGUUUGGUUGACUCCUGGAUUGCUUACUCUAAAUACUCAAAAGAUUGGAAGAUGACAUUUGAUUUGUAUGGCCUUUCCAGCUCCUGAUAAUCUUUUCUUGUGGUAGGAGAUCUUGGAGGAGGUUUAAUUUCCAGCUUUUGUUUUUUUGUUUUGCAAGUUUUAUUGUAAAUAUCUAACCCUGGACAUGUUUCAAAUACUUGCAUCAUCAAAAUAAAAUAAAACUUUAUACUCCUG